UCAAUACGGUGCUACUUCAGCUGCGGUCUGUUCAAAUUUUCAACUGAACAACGAAACUGAGAAACUUUAAUAGGCACUGAAUUGUAUAUACGCAUCGUAGAGCUUUAUGGAAAUUAUUACUUAAACCUACCGUGCCUGACUGAAGACAUUGUCAACGUCAUCACUUCGCGACUGUCAAAUAGUACUACCUACACACGUGGAAAACGCGGUGCAGUUUUUGUUUUCAUUUUUUAAAUAAAUGUCCACCAUUAUCUGAACGGUGAACACGAAUUAAUGCUAAUAUAAGGCGUGAAUGAAAUAAAGGUCUUCGUGGCGCCGACACGAGCCAGGAGUCUGCAAUGGCACUGUUUACUAUUAAUCGGUAUUUAGGGGAGGAGGAAGACAGUGAAUCUAACAGAGAGUGUCGGUCCAGAGCACUGCUGGCUAAACUGCAGGAACAAGCCAAAGCCAGAGAACAGCAGAGUAAAUCAGAUACAACUGAUAAAGAUGGAGACCAUCAGAGUAACACUGAACAUAAGAAGAAACGAAAACAUGAACGGAGAGAGUUGGAGGGAAAACAGCGCAAAACUAAGAAGGAAACUACAGAUCUUGCUGAUGAAGCUGCUAGUCCGACUAAAAAGCAAAAACACAGAAUGUUGUCAAUUGAAAACGAGAGCGUAAAUGCAGGAAAUGAUGACUCCGAUAAUGGAAGCUCUGCAGAAAUCACAGAAACAUGUAAAGGUGACCCAGAGGAAAGUCAGAAUACUGGAAAAGUAGUGGAUCCUCAGAUUGAUCAGCUACAUGCAGGAGGAGGAAUCGGCGCAUCUGAAACUAGUUUCCAAAUCCUGGGUGGAUUCAAAGAGAAGAUGGUAGAAAAGGUCAAAAGAGUUUUACCGCAGUGGUUAGCACAGCCUGAUGUCAUUCAGAGAGACAUUAAGAGUCACCUCGUCCCAAUCCAAGAGGUGCUCGGCAUUCACCCAACACUGCUGAAGAAACUGGAAGCAAAUGGAAUAAAGAGCUUCUUUCCAGUUCAAGCUGAAGUCAUCCCUGCUAUUCUAGGCAGUGUGAGCUCAGGGCUGCUGGUCGGUCCAGGUGGAUACAGACCCAGAGACAUCUGUGUUUCUGCACCUACAGGAAGUGGAAAGACACUGGCGUUUGUCAUACCUGUCAUACAGGCGUUGUCUGAGCGCGUGGUGUGUGAGGUUCGUGCAUUGGCUGUGUUACCCACCAAAGAGUUAGCACAACAGGUGUCAAAGGUGUUUUUCUCAUACGCUGAAGGCACUGGUCUAAAGGUGGUUUUGAUAACCGGCCAGAAGUCUUUAGCUGCAGAGCGUGCAGCACUUUCUGAAAACAGAGGGGGUAUUAACCGCAGUUUUGCAGAUAUUGUGGUGGCCACGCCAGGCCGAUUAGUGGAUCACAUCAACAAAAACGACAGCUUCAGUUUACAGCACCUUCGAUUUCUGAUUAUUGAUGAGGCAGACAGGAUGAUUGACAGCAUGCAUCAGUCCUGGCUCAGUGAGGUAAUUAAAGCAGUGUACAGAAGUUCAGGUGACUCACAGCGGUCUGUAUUCAGGAGAAUACAGCCUGGACCAAUCACAGUUUCAAGUUUGUCUCCUCCACAGCUGCCUCUGCAGAAGUUGCUGUUCUCCGCUACACUCACCCAGAACCCUGAGAAACUACAACUGCUGAAUCUGCAUCAGCCACAACUCUUCAGUUCCACACACACCACCUCAGACACCGCACAAAGCCAAGAGAAGUUUAACUUCCCUCAGGGACUCUCUGAGUAUUAUGUGCCCUGCACUCUCAGCAAGAAACCGCUCCUCAUCCUGCACUACCUGCUCCGGCUCAAGUUCAGUCCUGCUUUGUGCUUCACCAACUCCAGAGAAGCAGCGCACCGACUUUAUUUGCUUGUGAAGCUGUUUGGUGGUGUGGAAGUUGCUGAGUUUUCCUCCAGACUGAGCCCAAGCGAACGACAACGAACCCUGAAGGACUUUGAGCAAGGAAAGAUCCCGCUAUUGAUCAGCACUGAUGCUGCUGCCAGAGGCAUUGACAUCAACGGAGUGAAAUGCGUCAUAAAUUAUGAUGCUCCACAAUACGUCCGAAUGUACAUUCACAGGGUGGGACGAACAGCGAGGGCAGGGAAAGCUGGACUGGCUUUUACCUUUCUCUUAAAAGUGCAGGAGAAGAGGUUCUUGCAGAUGGUGGCUGACGCUGGCAGUCCCGGCAUACAGAGGCAGAUGGUGCAAUUAGAAAGUCUUAAAAGCAUGGAGAGCCGCUAUGAAAAAACGCUAGUUGAGCUUAGCAAAGCUGUGAAGGAGGAAAAUGCAAAGAAGCGGUUCUAAGAAAAAAAAGGACCAACAAAACAAAACACCUCUUUUUGUGCAUUCUUUUAAUGACAAUUUCAUGGCAAGUUUCUCAAGAAAAAGGGAUAUCUGAAUAAUUAUGUAAUAAGCUUUGAAUAUUCUUUAUGAAUUGAGAAAAAUUCUAAGCUUUAUGUUAUUACUUUAAAAUUACAAUGCUAAAAAUGUAUCAUUUGUCAGAAGAGAAGUACAGUAGGCCUAAUAGAUUUUUAUGCCCUCUUGUUAUCCAACUGUUUCAAGUAAAAACCAUAUUGUCAAAACAAGACAAAAAUGAAAUGUAUGAAUAUGUGGAGAGUCUAUAACUUGAUUAAACAUGAAUU